AUGAAUACAUUAGGUUCUCCUUCCCAAUAUCAUGUUAAUGAUAAUAAAAGUGUUAAUUUACCUUUUGGCUGUGCAAAUAUCAAGGCAGGUUUAAUUACUCUAAAAUGUGUUGAAGGAGCUAUCAACUAUCUUUCUUGGAAGACAAUUCAAGGACAAAAUAAAUUGAUGAAUAGACUAGAUGAAAUAAUUGAGCUUACUGACAAGUGUUGUGAACAAGUGGCAAAAAUUAAGCAAAGAAUACAUAGAUCACAACAUAUGCCUAUAGUAUCACAAUUAAAAGUAUUAAGAAUAAAUCUUAGUUUCCAAGCUCAUGAUCAUACAAUUAUGACACACUGCAUAUAUCACAGUUCUGGAGUAGAAAUUGCACUAAAAUUAUUGGCACCUUACAAUAAUACAAAUCAAUUGGUUACUACUGAAUUAAAAGAGCAAGAAAAGGUUCUUUAUUAUCAGUAUCAUGAUACUUCUAUUUCAGAAAACUGCCCUGAGCAUUACUACCAAUUGACAGUAAUUAUUGAGAAUGAAGCUGGAUAUGGGUCCCCAUUAGCAUUUGGUCUUAGUAACAAAGAAAAUUAUUAUACAAUACAAAUAGCAGUUCAAGUAGUACAAGCUAAUAUUCUAUCUAUUAUGGACAAAUGUCAGCUCACUAAACUUGCACUACAAGGUUUUAUUCAUGGAAAUAUUCUUUCAUUAGCUUUUAAAAUUGUAGGUCGAAGUAGAUCAAAUGAAGAAGCUAUUAUGAUAGAAGCAUAUAAUUAUCAAGAGUCUACUAGUAGUUCAAAAAAUGUUAAUAAUUUAAUAUUAACUGCUACUUAUCAAAAUUAUGGUGAUAAUGCACAUGAUAAUAAUUUUGAGGUUGGUAUUAAUAUUUCUCAUUCU